AUGGCUGAAUCAGCUACAGAAAUUCCUAUAAGUAUUGAAAAUACAGUCAGAGAAGCUGUUAAAAAUGUUACAGACAAACCACCGACGAGUAUUGAAGGCGUCGCGAUUGCAUACUUGAGUUUAGUGAUUAUGGCUAUUUUACCCAUAUUUUUCGGAUCUUUUAGGUCAGUGAAAUACUUGAAAGAGCAAAAGGAUGCAGGAGGCCGAACGGAAACGAUGUCAAAUAAAGACGCCUUGAUGUUCCCUAUAAUUGCCUCAUGUGCGCUAUUCGCUCUCUACGUGUUCUUUCAAUUUUUCUCUAAAGAAUAUAUUAAUCUGUUACUCACUGGGUACUUCUUCUUCCUCGGAGUGCUCGCGCUGAGUCAUCUUCUCAGCCCAAUAAUUUCGUUCAUGGUGCCGGCGUCGAUCCCGAAUGUGUCGUACCACAUCCACUUCACGCGGGGCGAGCGGGACACUCGCUCUGACAUCAUCAACUACAAAUUUACUUCGUAUGACGUCAUCUGUGUACUCAUCUCUCUCUGUCUGGGCGCCUGGUACUUAUUUAAGAAGCACUGGAUCGCCAACAAUCUCUUCGGCAUAGCUUUCGCUAUCAACGGUGUGGAGCUCCUACAUCUGAACAACGUAGUCACCGGCUGCAUCCUGCUCUGCGGGCUGUUCCUCUACGACAUAUUCUGGGUGUUCGGCACCAAUGUCAUGGUUACCGUUGCCAAAAGCUUUGAAGCACCCAUUAAACUGGUGUUCCCCCAAGACUUAUUGGUGAACGGUUUAGACGCGAGUAACUUCGCCAUGUUGGGUCUUGGAGACAUCGUUGUGCCCGGUAUCUUCAUCGCGUUGUUGUUGCGCUUUGACAAAAGCUUGCAGCGGAAUUCCGAGUUCUACUUUAGGUGCAGUAACUUCAGAGAUCGCUCUCGAAAUACGCUUAUUAUUUAUAGAUAUUACUACAUUUUUUUAGGUAUGAGCUUUUACAGCAAAAGAAAAGCAAAGCAUGAAUAUUACUUCUAUAAAACGCACUGGAUCGCCAACAAUCUCUUCGGCAUAGCUUUCGCUAUCAACGGUGUGGAGCUCCUACAUCUGAACAACGUAGUCACCGGCUGCAUCCUGCUCUGCGGGCUGUUCCUCUACGACAUAUUCUGGGUGUUCGGCACCAAUGUCAUGGUUACCGUUGCCAAAAGCUUUGAAGCACCCAUUAAACUGGUGUUCCCCCAAGACUUAUUGGUGAACGGUUUAGACGCGAGUAACUUCGCCAUGUUGGGUCUGGGAGACAUCGUUGUGCCCGGUAUCUUCAUCGCGUUGUUGUUGCGCUUUGACAAAAGCUUGCAGCGGAAUUCCGAGUUCUACUUUAGGGCGACGUUCUCGGCGUACAUCCUGGGGCUGCUGGCGACGAUCCUGGUGAUGCACGUGUUCAAGCACGCGCAGCCCGCGCUGCUGUACCUGGUGCCGGCCUGCAUCGGCACGCCGCUCACGCUCGCGCUGCUGCGGGGGGACAUCAACGCGCUCUUCAGUUACGAGGACCAGCCUGCGAUAGUGGAAUCCACAAGCACCACAAGCAAGUCGAAAAAGUCUGAAUAA